AUGAUCACCAACGGAUGGUACUCCCAUGGACAACACGCAUACCGAAGCCAGUAUUUUAAUAGCGGCAAAGUGAUGAAUAUAAACCAAUUUGAAGGGAAAGAAAUGCGAACGUUACAACAUGUGAAUAAAGACAACGAAAAAAAAGGAUUCGUUCUGUGUGGUCUACCGGGCGACCAGUGGAAAACAAAUCUGCACCUAAAAUAUGGCCAACUGCACAAAGGAACAAACCAAUUUAGCAAUCAGAACAAUAAUCAGCAGGGCGAAGAGGACGAUGAGGAAGAAGACUCAGAUAUUGAUAUUGAUUCAGAAUUCGAUUUAGAAGAUGACUACUACGAGGACGACUAUGACGACGAGGAGGACAAUGACCCGGAGGCCUACAGGGAACGAAACAGAAUGAUGCGAAAGCGAGUAAAAAAAUAG